UUCACAUGACUAUAAUGGAGCUUUAACAGUUAACAAUACAAAGUAUCGGAUGACACAGAAGUGGGUGUAGAUGUUUAUAUGGUUGCACACAACCUUUCAAUAUUUAAAGAGACUCACCUGAGUAUCAUGGGUCAUACAGCACAGCAGGGAGGACACCUGGAUCAACAACUCAGGUGAGUCCUUCACUGGGUAUCACAGGUCAUACAGCACGGCAGGGAGGACACCUGGAUCAACAACUCAGGUGAGUCCUUCACUGGGUAUCACAGGUCAUACAGCACAGCAGGGAGGACACCUGGAUCAACAACUCAGGUGAGUCCUUCACUGGGUAUCACAGGUCAUACAGCACAGCAGGGAGGACACCUGGAUCAACAACUCAGGUGAGUCCUUCACUGGGUAUCACGGGUCAUACAGCACAGCAGGGAGGACACCUGGAUCAACAACUCAGGUGAGUCCUUCACUGGGUAUCACAGGUCAUACAGCACAGCAGGGAGGACACCUGGAUCAACAACUCAGGUGAGUCCUUCACUGGGUAUCACAGGUCAUACAGCACAGCAGGGAGGACACCUGGAUCAACAACUCAGGUGAGUCCUUCACUGGGUAUCACAGGUCAUACAGCACGGCAGGGAGGACACCUGGAUCAACAACUCAGAGCGAUGGAGGAAGGUUUUCAUACAAUCUACUGGAUAAAUAUACGGCUCGAUCGACCCAACAGCAUGUCAACAUGACAUCACCUCAUUCUCCUCCCCAUGAUUUCGUUCAACGUUUUCCUUUCGUAAUGUUGUCCAGAGGGUGUUGAACAACCUACAUCAGUGAUCUGACAAAGAGCAAGUCCAACCUCAACCAUCACUCAUAAAACACUCAACAAUAUAAAUUAAUUCAUUGGAAUCAUCAUCAGAGACAGAGGACGAUAUGAGUCUACCCUUACCAGGGUCUACUCUUCACUUCAUCACCUGGAACACCUGUGGUAUCAAAUCCCGCAGACAAGCCUCAGAUAAUGACCCGAAACUGAAUGCUGUACUAGACCAGCUGAAGGUGAUAAACUCUUCUGUAGCGUUUCUACAGGAGACACACGUUGGACCUAAGGAUGUGAAACUCUUAAGGAAAGUGUCUGGUUGGAAAUCAUUCUUCACUGUAUUUCAUUCAAAAAGCAAAGGAGUAGCCAUACUGAUUAAAGAUACCAUAACAGACUUUAAGUACAUCUGCCAUGAUGAAGACCACGCUGGGGGCUACAUUGUCCUGUUCUGUCAGAUGUAUGGUCAACUCUUCACUCUUGUGAAUGUCUAUAACCACAAAGAUGACCACACAAUCCUGAAGAGACUGGGUCAGUAUCUUAAAAACACCGCAACAGGAACCUUGGUGGUGGGAGGGGAUUUCAACACAGUGCUAGACCCUAAAAUUGACAGGAGUGGCACGUCAGAUAAUCAUCAGCACAAAGCAUUUAGAGUUUAUCUUCAGAAAUUCACCUCCUCUCUGAAGCUAGUGGACAUAUGGAGAAUACAGAACCCUACUUCAAAAGACUUCACUUACUCUAAAAAGACUAAAACCUCAAAGUCUGGAGAAACUCAGUGCAGUGAAUCUAGGUUAGACAUGUUCUUUGUGCCAGAAUUCAAAGGGACACAUAAUAUUACUCACAGCUGUAGAAUCCAUGAUAUCUGUGAGGUGGAAGGAACCAAACUGGUUUCUGAUCACAAACCAGUCAUUCUGGAGUUCUACCUUCCUGCCAAAGCAGACAGUUCCAAUCCCUCCACACUAGAAUGCAGAAAUACAGAGGUUCUGGCAACGUUACCGGAGGAUCAAUACAAUGACAGAACAGGAAAGAUAUCUGGGUCUGAGAUAGUAAUGGCAAUAGAAUCUCUGACUGGUUCUGGACAACCAACACUUGGUACAAUACCUGACCUGAAAACAACCGAACGCUUAAAGCAGACAUAUAAUAAAGAACACAUAGAUACAGAAAUGACAGCCAAUGAAGGGAAGAUAUUUGCUAAAAUACUAGAAAGUCGUCUACAAAUGUACCUUCAGUUCUCAAUCAAAGAAAAGAACCGAGCUGAACCGUUACAGAGUUUGCCUUAUCUUGUUAAGUUGGAGAUUGCAACCAAGAUUAAGAGAAACUUCUUGAAAGAAGCCCUUUUGUCCAUAAAGUGUUCUAAACCAUCUCCUAAAUCACCUGACCCUAUUGGAUUCACAUUUUUAAGGGAAGUGCUUUCUCGUGACAUUACCAACUGGUCAAAGUUGCUUCCAAUUGCCGAUCCUACUUUAGGUGACAAGAGAUGGUUAAACUAUGACUGUCCUCUCACCCAAAUUCUACUUGCCUUAUGCCUGAAGAAUUUGCGAUACAAGAUUCAUGAUAAAACUAAGAUGACCAGUGUGUGGUACUUCAGACGGUGUUGUCUGAUACACUUGGAAGAAAAGGAACGUACAACUGUGACAGAGGUACUCCUUAAAUUCAAAAAAGACUCAGGGCUUAGAAUUAACAGAUAUUAAACAAUCCUUUUGCCACCAGGCCACAAACUCAGAACAGUGAAUUAAGGUCAAACCCAGAACCAGACCUAAAGAUCAUGUAUUGUAGUCAAACCCAGAACCAGUCCUAAAGAUCAUGUAUUGUAGUCAAACCCAGAACCAGUCCUAAAGAUCAUGUAUUGUAGUCAAACCCAGA